AUGUCAAUAUUAUAUAUAUUACUCGUAAUCUCAUAUUUGUUCAUCACAUAUAUUAUCACAACUCAUACAUUCACACAUGUAAUCAAUUCAAAGUCACCAAAGAGUUUACUACUCGGCAACUAUUCGGACCUAAUUGUGGACAUCGAUGAAGAUAUUCUUCUUGAGUGUGAUCAAAGUAAUAAUACCAAAAGUUUUGAAUGGUUUCGCAAAGAGAAAAAUUGGUUUAAUGAGGAGUCACCUGAACAGCGGAUCCCAUAUAAUGAACAAUAUUUAUUAGUAAAUGAAAAUAAAGUGUCGACUAUUCUGUAUAAAUGUAUUACUACUGAAUAUUCUGGCAAUUAUUUAAUUAAAUCAUACAAACUAUAUGUCGAUCGACUUCCUAAACGACAGAGAGAUAUUCGUAAGCGAUGUUUGCCACCAAAAUGCAAGCCAUACGCCACUGUAUGGGAAGCUAAAUGCGAUCGCGUAGUCCUAAACCUAACAUAUCCUCACUCACAGCACGGAUACAACUCAAGCACUAAAGUUUGGGGAAAUAUCUUAUGUGAUGAUGAAAUCGGAGGCUUUCAGAUAUGGGUUGUCGGUUAUGGUAUACUUAAGCGAUUUCUACCACAGGAUACAAUAGUUAUCGAAAAGUUGACUCCGGGUAAGACAUACUGUUUUAAUGGAUGGGCAUAUAAUUCAUGCGGUGCCGGACCUGUCUUUACACUGGAAGGUGUUUGCGCUGAAAAUGUAUUUGACUGUCAAACACAAUCCACUGAACAUUGUGAAUAUGAUUAUAAUUAU